GCCAUUGUGUUUCGAAAAGCAAAAUUUGGGAGCUUUACGGGCAAAACAUCCAGGAAUACCAACCUGUCGUUGGCGAACCUUUUGGUUGAGCAUUGUUAGGAUCCAACAUCCAAGACUGUCGGCAUAAAUUAAAGGUGGAUGACCCAGCAUGUCAAAGGGCAAAGGGCACCAGCGUGGCCUGCCCCAGAUUAUAUAUCCCCAGGGGCUGAAGGAAAUCGCCACUGACCUGCCAAAAGAUGAACUCCUUAGAAGACUCAAGGUGCUGGCCCGUUCCUUCCAAGACAUGGAGCAAGAGGAGGAAGUGACGCAGUACCAAGCUUUAGCUCUCUACCUGGUCAACGGUGGCUUCCUCAAACAUCCCAGCAAAGAUGUCAGGUUGCUGGUGGCGUGUUGUAUCGCCGACAUCUUCCGUGUCUUUGCGCCAGAGGCCCCCUAUCGCACGGCUGAACAAUUACGCACAAUCUUCCAAUUCCUGAACAAACAACUGUGGGGACUAGAGAAUGUGGAUGGACCAUCCUGGAAGCGUUAUUUCUACCUGCUGGAAAAUCUGGCCAUGGUCAAAUCUUACAACAUCUGCAUGGAACUGGAAGAUUGCAACGAGCUGUUCGUUGAGCUCUUCAAUAUCUUUUUCAGCAUCAUCAGUGAGCACCACACUCCCAAGGUGCGUACUUUCAUGCUGGACGUCAUGUGCCCUCUGAUUAGCGAGAAUGAUGCCGUGCCGCCAGACCUUCUGGAGAUCAUUCUGUCCAACCUCUUGGAAUCGAAGAAGGCGGAGAACCCUCAUGCUUUCCAGAUGGCCAAGGAGCUCAUCAAACGGACAACCACCAGCAUUGAGCCAUCCAUCCAGGCAUUCUUCAACAAUGUUCUGAUCCUGGGCAAAACAUCAGAGACAGAGCUAGCCGGCCACUGUUACUCCCUUAUCUACCAACUCAACACGAUCUCCAGCACCCUGCUGCUCUCUGUCCUACCCCAGCUGGAGUUCAAACUCAAGAGCAAUGAUGAGAGAGAACGGUUGGCUGUGACCAAGCUCCUCGGUCAGAUGUUCUCCAACAAGGAUUCUGACCUUGCAUCACAGAACAAAGCCCUCUGGAACUGCUUUCUGGGGAGAUUCAGUGACAUCAGCACCAGCAUCCGGACCGAGUGCGUCAAAUUUGUGCAAGAGUUCAUCUUGCACCACUCGUACCUCAUCGGUGAUCUCAUCGAGAAAUUACGUGCGCGAGUUCAUGACACUGACGAGGGGGUCCGGCAGGAAGUAGUGUCGGCGAUAUCCAAUGCGGCCAAGAGGGACAUCACCAACAUCAGUGACGAGAUGCUAACCCUGAUUAAAGACCGUACGCUGGACAAGAAGUGGAAGAUUCGCAAGGAGGCAGUCUUAGGGCUAGCCCACAUCUACAAGAAGUGGCACAGUAGUGAAGAUCUGUCGGCGCAAGAACGCAAACGCCUAUCCUGGAUCAAGGACAAAGUUCUUCAUAUGUACUACCAGCCCAUCAUUGAGGACAGGUUGCUUGUGGAGAGGGUCUUCACCAUGACACUGGUUCCCUUCACUUUGGAGGUCAAGCUGCGCAUGAAGACACUCCUGCACCUGUUUGCCACGGUGGAUCGCCAUGCUGUAAAAGCGCUGAUUGAAAUGAUGAAGAAUCAAUACAUUGUAAGGACACAUGUCCGAGAGCUGAUGGACACCUUCAAGAAGGAGAAGGAGGAGAGAGCGAAACUCAUCCACCCAAAGGUUGUCGCCAUCUCAAAGCAUCUCCCAGAGCCUAGCAAAGCCAUUGAUCACUUGAAAAGGCUGGUAGGCCUCCUUGAAGAGGACUUAAAGGCCAGAGCAGCUAUGGAGAAGGUUGUUGAGCCCAAGGUAACCUGUCGAAGGGCCACGCAGUCGGUGAGUGAGGUCCUGAAGAAGUUUGGCAACCCCAGCCAGCCCACUCCGACAUUUGACACCAUCAAAACGCUCAUGGAACGAAUUGCACCCCUCGUCAUUGACGCAAAUGCCAUCAAGGAGCUCAUUGGCAUCGUGGCGGAACACGUGGAGGGAAUCGCCGAACCGUUUGAGGAGCGGGCAGACGAAACGACCGAAGUCAGGGGCCUUCGGCUUCUACAGACUCUGGCUCCAGUUUUCCCCAGUGCCUUCAGGAGUGAUGCCAGCUUUGACCAGCUCCUCUCCAUGCUCAAGCAUGAGGAUGACUCCGUCUCGGACGUGGCUCUCCAGAUCUUCAUCCACACCGGACAGAAUCUGAAAGAGGAGUUCCCAAAUAUUGCAUCGUGCCUCUUACCUAUCUUGAUUUGUAAAGCCAAGACCGGCAGCCCCUCCCAGGCCAAGCAUGCCAUCCGAUGCAUCAACGGUGUCUUGGGCAAGAAUAAAGUCGCUGUUUUCCAGCAGCUGUAUGACAGCCUUCAAAAGUGCUUAAAUCUGAACCAUGAGCACCAUUUGACAGCUCUCGCUGCGGUGGGAGAAAUCGCCAAACUGGCCCCUGAACAUUUCUGCAGUGCCAUGAAGCCAGUUAUAGCAAACAGUAUCGUCAAGGGGCUGCUGAUGCAAGAUCAGACAGAGGGAACCCCAACCAAGGGCAUCUGGUGCCAUGACAACCAGGUUGCCGAGGAGACAUUGGCCAAGAUCGCAGCCAUGAAGUUGCUCGUUCGGUGGCUGGAGGGACUGCGUGCAUGCAACGCCCAGGACACCUCACCCUGCGUGUCCACCAUCCGACUCCUGAUGACCAUGAUCAAGAAUGAGGGAGACCUCAUGGAGAGGAAAGCCAUCAGUAAAGCGGACAUGUCUCGGCUGAGGCUCGCUGCAGCCUGCUCCAUGCUGAAGAUUGCCCAGGUCCCUGGCUACCACGAGCUGGUGUCCACCGAGCAUUUCCAGCUUUUAGCACUUACGAUCAAUGAUGAGUGCUACCAGGUGCGCGAGUACUUCGCUCGCAAGCUGAACAAGGCUCUGAGCUGCCUGCGUCUCCCGCUCAGCUACAUGGCCAUCUUCUCUCUGUGCGUCAAGGAUCCCGUCAAGGAGAGCCGGGCCAACGCCAAGCAGUACCUGGCCAAGAAUAUACAGAACAGGAGGGAGUAUCUCAAGCAGCACACAGUGGAAAAUGCUCAUCUCUUGACUCUUCUACCAGAGUACGUCAUCCCCUACACAAUCCACCUCCUAGCCCACGACCCUGACUUCACUAACCUCAAGGAUUUGGAAGGAUUGAGAGACACAAAAGAGUGCCUUUGGUUUAUUCUGGAACCCCUGGUUAGCAAGAACGACAACUGUAGCUUCAUGAGGAAGCUGAUUGAGACUAUCAAGCAGAUGAAGGACGCACAGAACCCUGACGACAGGGGAGUGAAUAGGAAACUGUACGCCGUGUGUGACAUUGCCCUGGGACUCAUGUUGAGCAAGACGCCGGCCUUCACCCAGAAGGAGCAUCCCGUCAACCCGCUCCUCCCCAAGCAGCUCUUUGUGAAGCCCAGGAAGCCUCUCAUGAAGACGGAGAGCGUCCUCCCCAAGAAGAUGCAGGAGGAGUUCACCCAGCAGGAGAAAAAGAAGAAGAAUGCAGCAGACAAACUCCUAGAGACCCCGCCUCCGAAAGGUGCCAAGGCCAGUAAGAAAGGCCAGAAGACGGAUCCUACAACACCCACCAGUCCUGCCUCCCCGGCCCCGCCCAUCCAGAAGACACCCAGGGGUGAUGAGAAUAAACCAACCUCGGUUGGCAGUCGGCGGUCUUCAAGAUCAGACUCCGUGGCCAACAGUGAGACAAAGCAAAAUGUCAAAGAGAGGAAAGGGUCAACGCGAUCGCGGGGAAGUGCCUUGGCAGAGAACAACGCAAACAGUUCCAUCUCCUCGCCCUCACCAUCUACCUCCCCGAAGAAGCCUCAGCGGAAGAGACCAGUCCAGAAACCCAUCAAGGAAUUCCUGACCAGAAGCAAAACUGCCACCCCGUCCUCAUCGCUGACCUCUCCGGAAUCCAGCCCUUCUAAGUCCCCCCGGAAGAGACCGGCCAACCAGUCAGGAACAGAUUCCCCCUCUGCCAAAAAACUGAAAACCAAACCGAGCGCAGCUGUCAGGAGGGCUCAGACUAAAGUAGCCCAGGCCAAGGCAGCGAAGGCUAAGACCCUUGCUGUCAAGAAGCUACAGGUCGCUGCCAGCCCCUCCAAAAGUUCCUCUGGUAGCCCGGCUAAAGCAAGCACUUCAAAAACCAAGACAGCUGGGACAAAAAGGACUCAGGCAAGGGACGGAGCAAAGAAAUCACUGCCAACGCCUCUCAAAAAGAUGAAUGCCAUCAAGAAGAGUGCCAAGUCACCCAGUCCCACUAAGAAACCCUUGUUGAGUCCAGGCAAGAAGUCAAUCCCUUCACCAACCAAGAAAGCAGCUUCAAAAGUCGUGGCUAAAAGUGCAACUCGGAAUUCGAGUCGCAGUCCAGUGAAGAAACCAACACCAAAGAAAACUUCAGUUGCUAGGCUCAGCAAUGGCUCAGUUUCAUCUCCGCCAAAAAGAAGUACCUUGAGACGAGAUAGUCUGCUCAACAAGCUAAACAAUGCCAGUCGACCACAGAGACCUCCCUCCUCCCCUCAAGCCUCCCCAGUCCGAUACUCGCCCCGUAAAUCCGUCCUGGCAGGCCCGCUCACCACCUUCCAGAAACGACGCGCCCCGUCCAAGCCAUCCCCUAAGAAAUCGCCCUCCUCCACGUCGGCGAAAGAGACCAUGGCCUCAGCGGAGGAGGAAGAAGAUAAGAGGAAGAAGGUGAAGAGGAAACUUGAAGACGUGGAGGGCUCCGGUGACAAGUCCUCCUCCAGCAACGCAGCUCCGUCUCCAAAGAAACUCAAGCAAACCACUCUGGCGUUCAACUUAAGGAAAACGAGUCGCAAGGGUUCAUCAGCGGACGUAAACGGCGUGGCAAUCAGUGAUGAGGAUACCGAGUCAUCCAGCAGCUCGGGUCGCCCAAGCAGGCAUGAUAGGGCACUGGUCCGUGCUAUCGAAGCCGCUGGAGACAAAGGAACCCCCAAGCAAGCCCAAACAUCGCUCAGUAUCCGGCGAAGCAAUCGACGACGGAAGCGUUAAGGAGUCAAUCUAUCAUAAUUCAACAACCCCCCAAUUCUCCCUUAACUGUCAGUGCAAAAAGAGUAGUGGACUGGCUAUCUGGAAUAAGUAAGUAUCUUUAGCUCGGUGUCAGUCAUAUCACACUUAGGCAGCUGAUGUUUAACACUGGGCCCACAAAUAGUUGACUGGCCAAUACUGGCCAAACUGCUGUUAGUGUUUGUGAGAGGAAUAAAGAGAGAGAUCACUUCAAAGUUAAUGGGAGACAAAACAAAAUGAAGGGGGCCAGCCAUAUCAACAGUGUUUCCCUAAACGGUAAAUACAUUCCUGUUGCUUUGCAACCUAAAACAUAUUGUACAUUUAGCAUGAGCAUGCAGAGUGAACUUGGGGUGAAACCAUGUAGUAGUCCUUGUUAGAACACAUUCAAGCGUGGACAGAAAUAAAGUUUCAUAUACUUUCCGUUUUGAUACCAAGAACGUGUAUGGUUUUUUAUACGUUAAAACCAGUUAUCUUGUAUCCGUAGGGCACGUUAAGGAAGGCGCAAAGUGAUUGCACAAAUGUAAAACUGGGGAACUUGGCUGACACGAUGGUAACUUACUGGCCCCCUUUUACCUUUGGUUUUGUUUCAUAUGCUUGAAAGAGUUGUAGAAGUAAACCAUGAGUUGCUGUUUUGUUGUCACAGGACAACUUCUUGAGAUAUGUGAAAACUGACCCAUGUUCCCCAAAACCUUAUCAAGUAUGCUGAACAGUGCAAGAUCUGUCCGUCAAAACCUUCCAACCUCUGUAAAAUAUUGUAGAUGUGUUCAUAUAUGCCUUGGAAAGUGUAAAUACUCACUUUGAAUAUCAGGUCAGAUCUAAACAGAAACAUAUCUAGUUUGAGUUUCGCUUUCGUUCUUUUUUUCAUGCCAAACCAGCUUUAGCUGAGUGUUCUUAGAACCUUGUUGAAAAAAAAAGAAAUUCAAGUCCAUAUCUGACAGAGACAAGCUCAGAUUUAAAACAACCGGUUGAGAAUUAUGGAAACGCUAAGUCUGUUGAAUGAAUUUAUCAUACUCGAGCUGAAUUCCGAACUGAUUUCUUCACUGAAAACUGAGUGCCAACACGAGGACUUCUUGUAAUUCCUGAUUUUUUUUACAUUGUUCUAACGGCUUGCUUGUGUGUAACAGCACUGACACAAAGACCCACAACAAUAUUGCCCGGGAUAUUGAUUGAAAGAAGUCAUUGAAGUCAACACAGGUCUAAACUUUGAUAGUAUAAUUCUUUUCAGUCAAAGGAGACUGAUUUUUAGGGGAAAAUAGAUGCCAUCAUUGAAAUUGAAUGAAGUCGGCAAAAAUUUGGCAACAUCUUAAAGAAACAGGUUGGAAUGCAGUCAAAUAUUUUCUGUGCCGGUCAAGACCAUUGAAACUCGGAACUAGUUUCACAUUUUCGAUGGAGAAUAACUUACAGAAAGAGUUCAUCUCAUUACAAUGAAACAGAAUUGACGGGGGGUCAUUAGAAAAGUCAAAACACGAAACUGAUGUAACAAAUACUGAUUGUAGUGUAAAUGUUCAUGCGAAUUCCUCAACACAGCGUGUCACAGAAACUUCAGUGUAUUUUCAACUCCAUGUACAUUCCUCUUUUAGUGUUUAAUUUGUUUUUGCAAUUAAGUGUAAAGAUUUAUUGGGAUAAGUUUUUAAAGGACUAUUUUCAGCCAAAUUUUUCUGCUUUUCUGUUGGCUUAUUUAAGAGGAGUCUGGAUCGUUUUGGUGUGCAGAAUCUCAUGGUUAAACCCAAAUUUGAGACAUAGAAUGCCAAAACAUGGGCACUAUUUAAUUGAGGUCAUGCUGGCAUUGUGUUCCACUUGUCCACCCUCAUAUUUACCUGGUAUACAUGGAUAUGUACAAUAUGCCUGAAGCUCUUUUUCGCAGAGAAUGUGUGCUGAAUUGAAUGUGGCAUCUUUAGAUUAUAAAUUUAAGUGUGUUGGAAAAAGUCCAGCUCAAAUGCUUUACAAACAGACUGUCUGUGAAUAAUUUUACCAGAAACCCCCCCCCAGUAAAUUCAAAGUUUUUAUGUGUAAAAAUGGUAACCCUUUGAAACAGUAGAUUAUGAAAAUUAUGAAAUUUGGAAUUUUGUCUCCUCCAGUCCUUAGACUGAUAAAAGAGGUCUGCAAGGACAAGUAACCAAAAAAAAUGUGAGUGAAAAAUAUGUAGCAUGUGUUGAGUAAGAUUGGAACCAAGGUGAAUAGUGUGUGCCACAGGCUUAUCAUUUGUAAUAUUAAACCAGUCUUAAAGGUCAGCGUUGUGAUUUUACACUCAACAGGCUUUGUUCUGAUGGGGUUAUCAAUCGCCUGUUAUACAAAUUGCUCCCAAUCUCCGUAAUGAUCAGUCUCGUGUGACCAAAUCCUGUGGGGAGUAGAUUAUGCGCCUGUUGUCUUUACAGAGAGAUGAUGCAUGUUUACAGUAUGAAUUACACAUUGGUGAUAUUGAGUUUCCUUUUGCCAACAACUCCCCCCCCCAAAGAAAUCAUUGGACAGGGAGGAAACAUAUCUCACGUGGGUGUUUUAUCAGUGUUCACUUCAUACAUUUUAUUUAAUUUUGUUAUAGAAAUUUAAAGUGUCUAAACAUUUUUUAAAAUUUUUUUUAAAAGAUACUACUUUGUAAAUAGUGUAACAGUAGUUUUGGAGAAUGAAUUUGUAAUUUUUGUUCACUCCACAAAACGUGUGUUCGAGCAGUUUGAAAACUUAGAAUUUGUCCACAUUUUUUGCCAAGUUUUUAUGAAGUCUCUGCUCCGGGGCAGAGACCAUUUUUUAUUUCCGCUGACGUUGUGUAUAGUUAAAGAAACUCGGCAUCGUAAAACAGUUGUAACUUAUUGACUUGCUGCCCAUUGAAUGAAUUCUGUGCUUGAUCACCUAUUCUUUGUCGGUUAAUGGGUUUCUUCAAGACGCAAAUGUUAAGCUCUUUCGUACCCCCCAAUAAUUGACAUCUGAGUGUUCCCCCGUUUGAUAUCCUCUUGUGGUUUCUGACCUAAUGGGUUGGGUUUGGUGAUUGGAAAGCUGUUGUUGAAGAGGAAUUCACUGACGUUCCAGUGCAUAUUACCAAAGGCCCUCUUCAAUGGUAGAUAAGUACCGCGAUAGGGCGUGUUGCUCUUCGCCAUUAGCGGGGUCACUCUAAUGACCAGUGAUGGCGUUACCAUGGUAACCCCUGGAGUUUGCCCUGGGAUCGAAUAACUCUUCAAAUCCAGUCCCUGGAUUGGCAUAAUUUUAUUGGAUUCACAUUGGUACGGCCUAAUCACUACGCCCUGCUGUUCCGAUCGUUGAAACUGGAUAGAAUAUGCAUCGGUAACGACGCAGUACAGAAUUUUAAGGGAUCAGGAUGCUUCCUCAUAAAUGAAACUUCUAAGGGGUUGCCAUUUUCAAUUGAAAUGUUGAAUAACUCUGUUUUCACAGUUGGGAUCCUCAUAUAAAUUAGAUUUUCUUUAGUAUGGAAAACAUCCUAAUGUAAAUAUACAUCAUGUCAAAGUUUACAAAUAAAUUUUCUUUCUCGUUACAUGUUGACAAAAUUGUCUGACGACGUGUUAAAAAGGUUACCUUUUUGAACGGGUUGAUUUAUAUUAUAAUUAUUGGAAUCCUUGAUUUGCUGUUCAAGUCAACCGAGGGCGCUAUUAAAUUUGACAGUGAACAAGAGAAAA